CCCCAAAGAGCAAAAAGCAAUAUCUCACUUUCUCAAUCCUCAAAAUCUCAAAUCUUCAAGCAACUUAGCAAAUAGCAGAGGACAACUUCGCAAAAAUACUAGCAAGUAGGAAAGUAGCAACCUUCUGAUGAAGUAGCAGGCUUCAUCUUCCUCGCGUUGUGGACUGGUCGCAGCACGUACUCCUCUGUCUCUGUCCAGGCAUUUUUUUGAUGAAUCUGUCAAGAUCCAAGAAAAGGUGUGUUGCAAUGGGUGCUAUGUACUGAAUCCAGUAAGGUUUAUGGAUCAGAGUUACAGAAAAGUGAGCCUGUAAAACUCAUCCCGAUAAGUUAUAUCAGAACAGUGCGACAUAAAAUUAUAUCCUAGUUAUAAUUUCUAAUCCCCAUUUGGACAUCAAGCAUCUAAACCAAUCUGCUUCCAAGUGAGUUCAUAGUGGCACUACAUCCCUAGACCUCAAGCUAGGAGGAGGAGACACAGUAUGAAGACAAAGAAGCCAUUGUCAGCACUCAAACUCUCCGUCCCUUCUCAGGAAACCAACAUUUCCAACUUCCUGACUGCCAGUGGGACAUUUCAUGAUGGAGACUUGCUGUUGAAUCAGAAAGGGCUGAGAUUGGUUUCCCUGGAGAAUGAAUCUCUGAUUGACCUUCAAUUCUCAUUGGAAGAUCUUGAGACAAUCAAAGUUAUAGGAAAAGGAAGUGGGGGUGUAGUUCAACUUGUUCGCCAUAAAUGGGUUGGCACUUUGUUUGCUUUGAAGGUUAUUCAAAUGAAUAUACAAGAGGAAAUACGUAAACAAAUCGUUCAAGAACUAAAAAUAAACAAAGCAUCACAAUGUCCACACGUGGUAGUCUGCUAUCAGUCUUUCUAUCACAAUGGAGCAAUUUCUCUAGUGUUUGAAUACAUGGAUCGCGGAUCACUAGCAGAUGUAAUAAGACAAGUCGAGACAAUUCUUGAACCAUAUCUUGCAGUUGUUUGCAAGCAGGUCUUGCAAGGUCUUGUCUACCUGCAUCAAGAGAGACAUGUGAUUCACCGAGACAUCAAACCAUCAAACCUGCUAGUAAACCACAAGGGAGAAGUGAAAAUUACAGAUUUUGGUGUGAGUGCAAUGCUCGCCAGCUCUAUGGGUCAAAGAGACACAUUUGUUGGAACGUACAAUUAUAUGGCGCCCGAAAGAAUUAGUGGAAACACCUAUGACUAUAAGAGUGACAUAUGGAGUUUGGGCAUGGUGAUUCUGGAGUGUGCUAUUGGACGAUUCCCUUACAUACAGUCUGAAGAUAAGCAGGAAUGGCCCAGCUUUUAUGAACUUUUGCAAUCAAUUGUUGGAAGUCCACCACCUUCUGCUCCGCCUGAUCAGUUUUCCCCAGAAUUCUGCUCAUUUGUCUCUGCUUGCAUACAGAAGGACCCAAGAGACAGAUCUUCAGCUUCCGACCUCUUGACUCACGGUUUCAUCAAGAAGUUUGAAGACAUGGACAUCCUAGAGUCGUAGAACCAACCAUCGGAGCUUGGAGGACGUUUAAAGUGUACGACUAACACAAACACGUCAACAAAAAUAAGUAUAUAUAUUAGGGGGGGGGGUUGUAGGUAAUAACAGCUAGUCAUUAUC